UGUCAGGGAACGACGAACCUCCGCUAUUUUUGGCUGGCCAGCGCAACUCUGCGCAUUCGUUUCGAUUGGUAGCUUUGGAGCCUUCGCCUUCAGCGCACGCAGUAUAGUGACUCGCGGAGAAAGAGGAAGAUCCAGUUUGCCGAAGAACAAGUCCAGAACCAGGGCAGAGAUUCAGUGCUUGAUGGUGUGAACUUUAAGCGAAGCGAUUUUGCUUUUAUUUUGUUUUCGGGCCGAAAAAAAUUUGGGGCAGCGGAAGUUUGCCGCUUUGCGAGAAGUGUUCUAGCCAGAGAAGAAAUCGUUCGACGUGUUAAGAAAACUUUUGCUGAAAUUAUCGGUUGUGAAAUUGAUACUUUGGCCGAACGUGUUAUUAGUUGAGAGCGAAUGCUGACCUACUGCUGCUAGGCACGAGAAGCUCAAGUUUAAAGUGAUAACCGCACAACGUGAAAAUGAAGUUAUUUUUAGUGAUAUAUGUUCUUUCGGCGUUCGUACUUAGCAUACAAUGCCGUCCCCAGGCAGUGCAAGCUGCUGCCGAGCAUCGUACCGCGUCGGACGUUCUAAAGUUGCCCUUCUACGGUGGCGCACGGGGACAAAUUCUGGAGAUUCGCAAGAACUCCGAUGGGACGGUGGUGAGCAAGAUUCUCCGUGGUGACGAUGACGAUAUGGAACUGAAGGUGCACCAGAUCGUAGAUGAGCUCAAGAACAACGAGGAAAUUUUGGCGGAGGAUGAAGAGAUCCGGGCAGCGGAUCAAUCCUUUGGAGAUUAUCUGCUAAAUAUUCAGAAGGCUGCCGCUUCGCUGGUGACGCUGCAGGAGCAGGUGAAGAAAACGGGAAAGCUGUCAGCCGAUCAGAAGAAGAUCUACGCCGACAAUUUGGAGAAGUUGGGAGUUGCCGCUCAGAAGCUGGCCCACGUCCAACAGCAGGAUGAUGAUCAUGAUGCGAUUAAGUUUUUGUUUGAUUCUCAAUUCGAUCAAUCGCAAAGUGCUGAUGCUCAAAAGAAGAAGACCACUUACAAGAUUACCUCGUUUCCGGGUUUCAAAGGAAAGGAAGAGGAGCAACAUCACAAGAAGAAGGAGGAAGAGGAAAAUGUUGGUGAGGAGGAGGGAUCGGCAACGCAGCACGAUGACAGUGUCCAGGUGAAUUCGCCGGAAAAGGAAGCCUCGAUUGCUGAAGCGAAACCAGUUGGUCUUGCCAUUGCCGGUGAGGGAGGAGUAGCAUCAUCCAAGCCCGUAGCCACAGCUGUCGUUGGAGAUGGAGGUCUUGCCGUUGCUAGACCCGUUGCAACUGCAAUCGCCGGCAUCAAGCCAAGUGAACUUGGCUCCCUGGGACUGCCAAUUUCCUUCAAUAAGAAGCUCGUUACCAAAGGCAAAUAUGGUUUAGUAGCAGCUGAUCAGGACCUACCAGCAGGACUACUAGUGGGACCAGGUUUCCAAGAAGCUCGCGUUUCCCAGAAUGAAAUCGAAGCGGAGAUCGAUGAUGCUCGACAGCAGGCUCUGGGACAGAUGGAAACAGUGGCACCGGCAUUUGAUACCGAGAAGUUUCUAGCUAAUCUUAGACAAAAGGCAAAGCAACACCAACAGCUACAACAGCAGCAGCAGCAACUACUGCAACAACAACAACAACAGCAAUCUUCCCUCAACCCGCAAACGAUUGCCUAUCAACCGCCAUCUUUCCUGCCGCAGACCUACCCCUUCAUGAACGACUACACCAGUGCUUCUCAAUUUCCGGUGUACACUCCAAGCUAUUUGCCGUAUUACAGCUGGAACCCGUACAUGGCUGCCUAUCAGAACCAAUUGGCAAUCUUGGCAGCCUACCACCAACAGCAGCUACAACAACAGCAACUACAACAACAACAACAACAGCUGGCAUUUCAGUCCCAAUAUAAUCCGUACUACUUCAGUGCUGCUGCCGCCGCGGCUCCUGUCGCAGCACACUCCUUUCAGCAGUACGAGUAUCCCCAGCGGGCUACCUUUUACUCCGCUCCAUCCGCCAUCACCCCUGCCAGUGCCGCUGCCUACCCAAGCUAUUACAAUUAUCCAUCCUACUCAACCCCAUCGCCAUACAGAUUUUUCUACUAUUAGUCUGCUCAUCAGCAACCCGGCCGGGGGUUCUGAGCCGUACGUUCUAAGGAUCAGCUCGAAUGGGAAGUAAAACAAAAAGACUUGAAACUCAUUCCACUCCGUUGAGAUGUAGAUCGUUUUCCCAUCAAACACAUAAACAAACAAACAAACAAAAAUGAACCGACAAAACAGUCACAACACGGAAGGAUUACUUUUGUAGAUCAUCCCGAUAGGGCUCCUUCGAGCUACUGCAGUAGUUUCCAUGGGGGGAGCGCGCAAUUGGUGAGGAUCUACAAGACCCCGGAAGGCUGUUUCGCUUGGAAUAAUAUUAGUAUGUAUUAAAAGCAUAAAUCGAUGGGAUGCGGAUUGACGCGGGUGGAAUUCGAAACGAUACAAAUAGGUUUAGGUUGCUUUCCCAACGAAAUGACAAAAUUGGUGAAAUAAAAUGAAAUACAAAUAUAACAAUAGCGAUUAGUUUGGUAAGAUAUAAUUA